AAAAAAAAAAAAAAAAAAAAGUCCUCUGUUUCAAUCUCUCUGUGUGAGCUAGCCAUAUCCGGUUUCUAGCAGUAGCAGGUAUGGGCACCCUUCUCCUCCACAACCCAAUAUCGAUGGCAAAACGCCCUUGCCCUUCACAAAUUUCACCGGCAGCCCCGCCGCCUCUCAACCAAAUGGACGAGCUUCUAGAGACUUUCCUAUCCUCUUCCUCCUCUCUCUCCGUUGACCUCUCCUUCGACCGCCUCCUCGAGUCCCGAGCUUCCAGCGACUCCGACCAAGCUCAUCUCAUCGACACCGCCGUCGCCUUGGGCUCCGCCCUCCUCCACGCCGCCAAACGCUCCGCUCGCAAACGCGCCUCCUCUCACAACUCCCUCUAUUGGCCUCUCCCUCGCGAGCUCACCAUCAACGUAUUUUCAAUGCUUGAUACACAAAGCCUAUGCUAUGCGGCAGCAGCUUGUUCAAUGUUCAAUAAGUAUGCGAGAGAUCCUCCAUGCUAUGCUAAUAUUGACUUGACAACAAUUGUCCCGAAAGUUAACAAUGCAGUUGUGUCCACGAUGAUCCAUCGAGCUGGAACAUCACUUCAGUCUCUUAAGCUUGGUAUAGUUCCAGGCCCAAUAGUAUCACCUGGAUCUUGUCAGCCGUUGGUUUAUUCCAUCAGAAAUUCAGUUGAUGUGUCUAAGUUUUCGUGGAAUGAUAAGAGAUCAAGACAAGGGAAGGAGUCAUCAAUUCUUACUAGAUCAUGCUUAAGCCCUUUAGUUGGGGACAAUGGUGCUCCAGGGACUCUUUUGAGAAGGUUACACCUUUACAAUAUUGAAAGAAUGGAUAACACAUCACUUUGUGGGGCAUUGUCGGCUUGUACAUCUCUCCUUGAUCUGGAAAUUGUUGGCCUUCAUGUUGAAUUGAGGCAAACAUUGAUGUCCGUGAGUGCAAACUGUCACUUAAUAGAGCGACUGUUCUUUGAGUCUUCAAAAACAGGCAGGGAUGACAGUUUGAAAACACCAACAUGCACUGAUCUGGUAGAAAAUUGUCCUCAUCUAACUUCAUUGGCACUUAGAGGGUUUAAGCUCCAUGAUAACAAAGUUCGUGUACUUGUUAAGGGAUUUCGGAAACUAAGAUAUGUUGACUUUUCAACAUCUUACUCUAUCACUGGAGGCUUUUUAAGGAACCUUGGAAGCAGCAUGGGUGGAAAUCUACUUGAGGUCUUGAUUUUAAGGGACUGCAUGCAUCUCAAAGAGGUUGAAGUUGCCCGGUUAUUGACAGCUGUUAUCGAAGGGGAUUAUAAGUGCCUUAAACAUCUUGACAUAUCCAACAAGGAAGGUUUAGCUUCUGAGGGUGACUGGUAUGAUAGAUGCUACAAAUCUAGUGUCAUUCCUAUAAAGCAGGUUUUGGCAGAAAGGCCUGAUGUCUGUUUGCUGGCUGAGUUUCCAACUGAAGGAAGUUACAUUGAUAUUGAUCAAAUGGCUGACAUCGUGCAAGAGAGUGACGUUGGUCUGCCGUCACAGCUUAGCAGUCACAUAUCAGAUGCUUCAAUGUUUACAAGCUCGUCUGAGAGUAGCUACAACAGUGAUCAAGGUAGUGGCAAUGAGGAUGGCCAUGAUGCCAAUUACGUUAUGUAUGAGGAAAGCUCAGAUGAAGUGGAAAUUGAUUUGGUAACGCCUUCUCUCUCUCUCUCUGAUGAAAAUUAUGGAAUCUGACCAUCUGGAAGAAUGGAGGCUUUUAUGGAGCGCAGGCUGAAGUUUCAUUGGCAAGUUAAUUCAUGGACCUUGUUGGCCAUUUAUCCCCGACUUUAUUACAGCUGGUGGCUGGGGGCUUUUGAAUUUGCAAAAUAUCCCAGUUUGGUUUAUAACGUCCAGUAGCGGCUUCCUGUCCAAUUUACCAAGAUGGAAUGCCACCUUGAGGGCCUUUUACGCCUGUCUUUUAUUUUUUUUUUCCCCCAAUUAUCAACCAUUCCUGUUCUGUUAGUCUUGAGGGUAAUGGUUGAUGCUUUCACCUGUCUCUAAAUCAAUAAGUAUCUACUAUCAAGGGAACCUUCUUCCAUUUUUUGUUUUUGUUUUUGGUUUUUGUG